AUGCCUCAACGUCAACUUUCGCGCACUCUGCCGAAGAACUUUACCUUCUCCCUCGGCGAUGAACCCAGGACUCCCGAGCGCCCUCAUACCGCAAUGAAUGUGCCUCCACCACCUCGUCACUCAAUCUCCAAUGGCCGCCUGCCCAGGGUUCGGGCUCGCGCUGGUACCAACGUUUGCGCUCGCAUGGACAUGGAUAUGUUCCACUUCCACGGCUCCGAUGUUCCCCUGCCUUCAAUUGAAGUCCCUCAAUCGACUACUAACUUCGAAGCGCCUUCAUUCCGUGGUUUCGCCCACGACGAGGGAUAUCUCGCGCCCCCUCGCGCGCGAAUGGAUUUUAAGACGCCACCUGCACAGAUCCGCGGCACGCCUUUUGAUUCCCACGACACUGGAAACCCGUGGCCUUCGUGGGACCACACUCCUGGCCCAAACAACUUUAAGCGCCCAGAUUCGGCCUGCUCGAGUGUGUCUAAUUCGUCAAUCGAAUCCAUUGAAACGUUCGCAUCACGACCGUCUGUAGGAAGUUUCACCAGUGUCGAGAGCGAUCUGUUUGACUCGUACUUCCCUUUGGAGAUGUCCAAAGAACCUGAGAUUGAGUCGCCUUCGCGACCUCAGAAGCAGUCGGCGCAUGUCAAAGCGUCCAAGAAGUCCUGGACUCGCGAUAUGGAUACCCACUUAUGGAAUACCUAUCAAAUCUACCUUCAGGAUCCUACUAUGACUCCAUUUAAGAUGACACCUGGCAGUAUCCCCCCUCUGGGAGUUACCUCGCGUGUUGCGCGACGCGCCAAGAAGACAUGGGGACAGAAGAGCAGUCGCAUUACUGAAUCUGUCUCGAUGCGGUCUGUUGAUCCCGAUGAAAUUUCUACACCCAAGGCCAUGGACGGAGAGUUGGAACGAGCUUGGCCCAAGUCUGACUCUAAGACUCGACGACGCCUCAAGAUGCUAUGUCGACGCAAAUUCUCGAUUUCUCCCCACUAUCAGCGCAUCAUGCAGUCUCGCACUCCCGAGCCUGUCGCCGAAAUGUUCGGCCCUGCCCCGGAUACCCGCGUCAAGGACUUUGCUGAUAACUCGGCCUACACUACUCGUGACCUCGGCGUUUCUCUUGUCACCUCCUCCGAGCCCACUCCACUUUCUCGGGUUACACAAGACUUGCCGUCAACGACGGACUGGUUCAACAACCCUGUGUUUGCUCAUGUCGAGCCACCAGUGACCAAGACUCCUAGUCAGCAUCUUCGUGUCGAAUCUGCCCCUAGCAUCCCUCGUCUUGGAUCUCCAUUCGUAUACAGCACUUGGGGCCCCGGUGGAUCAAACCGCCAGCUCCAUGACCCUAGUGCUCGACGGGAGACCAUCCAUGUUCCGGGUUAUCGUGCCCGACGUAACACAUACUUCGAUCAAUCUUUGCCCAAUCCUGAUGAUGUAUUCGCAAGCGUAUCCAGGCAGCAGCAGAAUUCUUCCGAUCGGGAUGUUGAACGUCGCUUGGAGGACUAUGUUCGUGACAACAAGUUCCAAGACAUGGGCCAUGGUCGGGUCCGCGUUCGCAAUCGUGGAGCUACCACUAGCGCUGUCAAUCCAAGAGAUAUGGACCAGCUUUUCUCUCCGCCCUCGUCCCUCAACUCAGGCCCAAUUGAGCCAGAGGAGACUACACCUGUUUUAAAACCCCCCAUGAACCCAUUGUUAGACCUUGGCGAAAAUAUCAAACGCCUUGGCUCACCCUUCCGGGUCGAAGGAGGACAUAAGCGUCGCGAAGCCCCGAAGCGAGUCAUUAGAGCACCUGCACUGUCUGAUCCAUUCUCGAGUGGUGGCCCUUCAUAUGUCGGGCCUCAUGACAACACCUCUCCAAUGCAGGUUUCUCCGGCUCAAGUCCGAGAUAAAGCUCCGGUUCCUUUGCCAUACAAUGCCUCAGAGGACGGCCUUUCUGAUGCUGAGCGAAUCCGCCGGCAAAUCUUGAAUAUGCCUUUUACGCGCAACUAA